AUGUUUUCAAAUGUAUUGAGUUGUCCUCUCAUUCAUGGCACAUCCGGUCUCCCUGUAGAAGUAGUCGGUCUCAUUAUUGCUUAUUAUAUGGAGGACACGGAUUUUUUAGAACCAUCCCUUAUGAAUAGUGCAAAUCGCCGACUAUUGUGUUCUGCUCCUUUGUGUCACUUACUCUCCUUGCGCUUAUUGUCCAAGUCGUGGAACGAUGCGAUCAUUCCAUUUGUGUACAAGGAUUUGUAUUUGGCUACUCCGGCAAUGUGUAUGGGUAUUUUGUUAUCUUUUAACGGUUCACAUCGUUUUGCUAUUUUUUCUGGUUUGCGAAAGAUUUGUUUGUCUGGGGUAGUGUUUGUGUCGGAAUGUGUCAAACAUGGUUCGUCACUUGGUGGCUCGAAUGGGAAUCAAGAUGGUCGUUGUAUUCCGGGUAAUGUUACGAAUCACUCAGCAAUCGGAAUGGAUCUGGCAGCGGAGCUCAUUGGUGUCUGUGGUGGUAGCUUGGAAGAAUUAGAUUUCAUUUUCUUUCACUCAGUGGGUUUCUCUCCGGACUUGCGUGUUGCCAUUGGUGGUAUGGAAAAACUCAAUGCACUGGGCAUUGUCGGUGGGAUGUUUCGUAAUACGUGGAACAAUUCAGAUUCCUUGGUCUCUCUUCUCAAUUCAACGGCUUCAUUGGAAUCUUUGUCAAUCCGGUGUCCGGAAUUGUACGAUGAUGAAUUAGUCCAGGCGUUCAGAUAUUACGGGAUUAAAUGUAUGUUCACAUAUCACCUGACCUACAAGGAAGUAAUUGACCCUUUGUGCUGUGGUAGAUAUGUCUUUUGA